AUGCUAAGUCUUCAAGACCUUUCAUUCUUAUGGCAACAACAAUAUUGUCAACCAGAAAUACCAUUAACUUCUCUCUCAAUUUUACAUUAUAAUAUACGUCUUUUUCAUUCGAACCAAGCGAAUCUUGUCGAAAUAGUAAAUACUAUCUCUCCAACAAUAAUAUCUUUAAAUGAACUUGGUACUGUGGUUCCGACGAAAACAUUCAAACAACUUCUCUUCUCAUACUAUGUGUAUGUGAAAGAAGGUACGAAUUCUCACGGAGGUGUCGUACUUGCAAUAAAUAAAAAAUUAAAAUGCCAACCAAUAUCAAUGAAUGAACCAAGUAUAAUGGCAGUUUGCGUCAUAAUCGAGGAUCACCUAUUUAUCGUAGGAAGUAUUUAUUCACCACCUACAGAAUCACUACCAUUAACAACUAUGACAACAUUACUGAAUGAAUCAAGGAACUUGAUCCUAGCAGGAGAUUUCAAUGCCAAACACAUGGAUUGGAAAUGUCCUCAGGUGAACACAAAAGGAAGACUUUUAUCAACUCGACUCAACAAAAACAACUUGAACGUUCUCAAUUCACGUACUAAAGCAUCAUUACGUUCUGAUACAGCAAUCGAUCUGAUAAUUUCCGGUGAAAUCCCUGAAACAUCUGAAAGUCAAUGUCUACCAUAUGCAGGCAGUGAUUGCCUACCGAUACUGACAAAAUUUUUCAAUCUUAAUAUAUCAAUGGACAAGCACUUCGUUCCUCGAACGUACUGGAAACUUUACUCGUCAAUUCUCUCAAUUCUUUAUGAUCAACUUCAAGCUGAACAAGAAAUUCUACAGAUGAUAUCCAACAACUCUUUCCCUUGGUUUCUUAUGUUUGAACAGUUUCUAGCUGCUCUCAAACUUGGAGUAACUAUAUGGAAAGAAGUAAAACGAAAACGACCAUCCAUUUCACCAUCAAUAUGA